CAACAACCUUGACGGCGAGUCGGCAAACCAGCAAGCCAUGAUUCCGAUUGAGCAGAGUACAUCCUGAAAUGUUUGCGCGGCAAGAGUCGAAACUGUCCAGACCGCUCACGCAACUUUCGCCUGUCCGGACACAGUGCGCUCGAAUCGGAUACGAAUGCCUAGGGUCGCAUGCAUCCGUCGGCACCUACAGACACUAGCGUCGAGCCUUGGGCCACUGAAACGUCACCAUGUCCAACGCGCUCAAGAACAACCGCGACCACGACGCGACCGAAUCACUCGACACCCAAGCUGUCCUCGAUGAUUACAUGAAAACCUACGGCGCCGGCCAAACAAGCAACAUCCGCCCGCCGCCAACAAUCUCGAAUCCGUCAUCGUCCUCGAAACCAUCCUCAGCGCAUCUUCCGACCAUGAGUAAACCGAGAAAACAAAGGGAUGUGGAUCUGUUCCCUCCCCUGACACAAUCAGAGGAGGACAGGAUCCGCAACUCUCGCCCCGCCGACGACCUCACCGAAAACAAACCGAUCGAUAUGGAGGCGUACCGCGCAUGGAAGGCCCGACAGGCUGCAGAACGCAAACGAGAACGGGAAGAGGCAAAAAAGCCAAAGCUUUCAUGGUUCAAGCCGUCCCAACUCUUUUCGAUAGCCGCUCAGUGGGAGCAGGAGGAAAAGGAAAGGCAAAAUAAAAAGAAAGAAGAGCAGGAGAAGCGAGAAGCGGAAGAAAAGGCGCGCCAAGAAGCUCAGGAGAAGCUGGAUAAGGAGGAACAGCUGCGAACGGAAGAGGCCGAAAGGGCAGAGGAACACAAGCAGGCCGAAACGCAGCCUUCCGCCCAUUCCAACGAGACGACACAAUCGAACGGCGGAAGGAGCUACGAGAGAUAUGUUGCUUCAGCGUCACAAGCGAAAACCAGAGAUACUCUUCGAAGCUCGCCAAAACUUGGCGCAAGCAGCCCUUCUCUGGAGCCAGCCUCUGUUACGACAACAGUUCCCGAACCACGAGGAUCACGACUUCUCGACACUCCCGCCACGAACAAAACCACCUCAAGGACACAGGAUGGGUCUGGCCGCGUUGACUUUGGCAGCAUCGCGUGCCUGCGGAACAUACACUCGCAGAAACAACAGGCCUCGCCUGCCCGGCAGGUGCCUGAGACUCCCGUCUCAGAGAACAAUCCGUUCCGCCAAGGCAAAUCGCAACUACUUGGCCCUUCGCAGCUAUUCGGAGCCACCCAAUUCUCUUCUGCCGCAAAAGCCUUCGCCAGUCCGACCUCUUCGCGCCCUUCCCCCUCAGAUUUCAUGCAUCACACAGUAUCACCGAACUUGGCUGUGUCGUCGCCACUGCGAGCCCGGGGUCUGCGUUCAUCGCCAGCGCAUAAUGCACUAUCAAGCCCAGCUGCCUUACCUGAUGUACCUCCACCCAGGGCAACGCAACGAAGGCUCACAAGCCCUGGCCCUGGUGCCUUGGAAGACGACAUGGUGAUUCCGGAAUCGCCGCAAACAAAGCCGCCCAAGAAAAAUAAGGAGGCUGCACAACGUCCCUUUGCCAGCUAUGAGCCGACGGAUAAAUCGCAGGAGCGGUGGUCAAGUUCGAUAGCGGGAUCAGAUCCCCCAGGCCCUCCGAACGAUGAAGAUACAGAAACAUCCAUAGUCAGGCGCAGAAAGGCAAAGUUGAAGAAAAAGGCUGCCUUGGAACAGCUUACUGAGAUCCGGUUUCCGCGGGUGGCCAAGUCAGAUGAUGUUGAGAUCCCGUCAUCCAAUAAGAACAGGCGUGGCAAAGCGAAACUGGCGACGCAAGAGCCGGAGCAUGGGGAUGAGGAACCAGCAAUACCAAAUACGGUAGAAGAUUCUCAGGGACAGGGGGCCAAGCCUGCUGCGGCGCAUGCGGUCGAUGACGAGUCUACGCAGUCUGGGCCAGAUGAGGAUCCGGCACCGAAGCCAGACGCCGUCUUCAAGAUCCCACGACCGAGCCAACGUCCAGCACCCAGACCUCUUUCGCCAGUUCACGAGAAACCGCCAGCUGAUACUUCCGGUGCGGGUGCGGAUCCAAAAACGAGUCCAGCUGAGAACCUGCUUGAGGAGGAAUCCGCGCAUGAACCUCCUUCGUCUUCUCAACUCCCGACCUUACCAGCACCCUCCAAUAACAUUCCCUCUUCGUCGCCGCCGAUGUUCGAAAGAAGAAGUAGAAAGAAGAGGGUCUCGUCCGCUGCAGAUCAGGUAGCAAAAAUACCGACAUCGAGCACGGUGAGAACAACCAAGGCCAGAGUGUCGUCGUCUGCCGUCGAUGAUGCUGUUCAGACAACCUCGGAUCUAUCGAAUUUAUCUUCCACGCCCGUCAUUCCGUCAAGUGCUGUGCCGGCAAGAGAUGCUUCGACCAGUUUUACCAGGCCUGAUCUUGGUAGCUCGUCCCCAGCGCCUGUGAACAACCUUCGGCGUGACGCUGCUGGGCGCCUGCCCAAACACCCGAAAACUGGUUCAACAGAGAGCCUGCGCCAUUCGGCACGGGUCGAGAGACGGCUGUCCAGUUCUGCCGAUGAGUUGUCCGUCUCUGGAGCCACAAUACCCACGUUGGAUCAUAGCGUUCGCAUGUCUCGCAGUUCCUUGCUUAAACCCAGCAGAGCAUCAUCCAUGACCGCUCCCGCUCAGCGUGGGUCGAAGAUCUUUGAAGGCAUGGCGUUUGCAAUAUCCUUCCAGUCUAGGCGAACAGGCGAGAGCGCGGACCAGUACAAGGCACGCAUGGAAACCGCGUCCAACAUCGAGAGACGCAUCAAGCAAGCAGGUGGCCGUAUCCUCGACAACGGAUUCGACGAGUUAUUCGAGCCCAUCCCCGUCCAGCCAGCCGCAUCCACAGACAAAACCCACUCCUCGCCACCCUCGGACGGAACAAACGACCUCCUCCUGAACAGCAGCGGCAACUCUACCGGCUUCACAGCCCUGAUAGCCGAUGGCCACUCCCGCAAAGUCAAGUACAUGCAAGCCCUCGCUCUCGGGCUUCCCAUUCUCGCUUCCCGUUGGGUUCUCACCUGCCUCUCUUCCAACUCAAUAAUCGACUGGUCGCCCUACCUUCUUGCCGCAGGACAGUCUGCCUUCUUGGGAGAUGCCAUCCUUUCACGCAACUUGCAGCCCUAUGAUGCCAGGACAGCAGAGCUCGUGGAAACGGUGGGGAGAAGAGGAAGGUGGCUAGGAGGAAGUAGGAUACUCCUUGUCAUGAGCACGGGCGGGGGAGAUAAGAAAGGGAGGAAGACUCAGAAGGAGAAGGAGAAGGAGAAGCAAGAGGAAGGGAGGAAGAUGGCUUAUGUCUUCUUGGCGAGAGUGCUUGGGGCGGAGUUGAGGCGGGUAGGGGGCGUGGAGGAGGCGAAAAUGGAGCUGGAGAGGGCGGAGAAGGAGGCGGAAGGUGGAAAGGGGAAACCGUAUGAUUGGGUCUAUGUUGAUGGGAAGACGGAUGGGGCUGAGUUGUUCACGAGUCCUGCUGCUAUGGUAGGGGAAAGUGAUGCCGGCAAUGCUAGUGCCAGUGCCAGUGCCAGUGCGAGUGGUGUCGGUGCUGGUGGCGGCGGGAAGAGCACAAAGAGCAAGAAGAGGAAGAGGCAGAGCGUUGGGUACGUGUAUGAGCCGACCGAGGCGGAGAAGCAGCCGCCGUUGAAGAAGAUCAGGGCGUUGAGUGAUGAGUUGGUUAUUCAGAGUUUGAUUCUGGGGAGGAUGAUUGAUGAGGAGGAGUUUGGGAGUAUCUGAAGGGCGACCUGGAAAGGGAAAUCUGUUAGAGUAUAAUACGGAUACUUCCUGGUUGUACGAGUUUGGGAAAACAUGGGACAUGGUUUGGCGGCGUUGAGGGUUUUGUUUCUGGGCAGUCAGUCACUUCAUGAAAACAAGAGGACAACUAGUUUGGCUGGUAUGAAAAUUUUGUAAUGUCUCAGCUUUUUGUUGCUUGAUUUCCUAUCUGGCUUCUGGUUCUUUGCUUCUUUCGUGCUUGGGCCCCUUGCUUCUGGUGGUUGGGAAAAUGGUAUUAGGCUUGCCGUCGUUGUCGUUGUACAUAGUGUACAGAUUUACAUGA